AAUUAAGGUAGAGCACUCUAAGAAUUAAUUUAACAAAUAUGGCUACUACAUUAGGACGAUUUGUAACCAAAUUUAAAGCCAAGGGCAAUAUUUUACGAAAUAAAAGGUAAAUUUGUAGUAUUUAUAAAUGUACUGGCUCAUGGAGAAAAUGUAUGACUCCUGAAUUGUAUUUUUAUAAAUUUAUUCUCGACUGUUCUCUCGGUUGGUGCAGUGUACUAUCAGGGAUAGACAUAAAAAAAAAAAAAGGGAGGCGUAUCAACUAUCAGUAUCAUCAGGCUUAUUAUUAUUACAUUACAUCUAUUAAGAUCUAUGGUAAUCCCUUAUUUUAGCGCAAUAAAUUAUAUUUCUGGUGGCAAACUGUGUGUGGACAUCAGCGUCAUUUGGAUCAACAAAAUUUGGGUAAAAGUGCAGUUCAGGUGCGUAUAAAAUAAAAUGAGUAAAACAGAGUAUGGUUAAACCUGAAAAAUUAAACGCAACGAAACAGCGAACGUGUCGGCAGAAAGCCUUCGUCAGCGAACAAAACAACAGAAAAAACUUUAUAAAAAUAAGAAAUAGCACUUAGCUGGUAAGUAGUAUCUGUGGGCAGCAAUAGAAGUGUGGCAGAAGGAAAAUGAGUGAGAGUUUAAAUAAGCAGUGGCGAAAAAAAGGGGGGAGAAAAAAGUUCACUGUGAUAGGUCAGAACGUGGAGGGGCGGAGCUAGGGUCAAGCUGUGAACAGAGACAUAACAUUAAUCCCAUCUGGCGUCAAAGUGCCGUAAGUCAGGAUAAGUCUGUGUUCCAAAUUGACCCGGCUGGCGGUGUUAGUGCUAGCCACAAUCGCACUUAUUGAAAAGUCCGCCUUGCCCCGGUGGUCGCUACUAUUGAAGUGUUUGGAGACGGGACACUGUUUAUCUUGUGUAAUGUUUCGGAGGUGUUCGGUACACCUGUCCGAGAGACGGCGUCCAGUCUCCCCUAUGUAUGUCAUCUGACAGCGGGUGCAGACAAUGGCGUAGAUAACGUUGCGGCUUGUACAGAGGAAACCGUCGCGUAUCUGAAAACUGCCCUUGGGGAAACGUAUGCGUUCAGUCUGGACGACAAAAGGGCACGUGUUGCAACGACUGCGUCCACACGGCUUGGUCCCAAAGUGGGAGGGGGGAGCAUUGAUACGACUGCGUACAAGCAGGUCUCUCAGAUUUUUAUCCCGUCUGAAAACAAUGAGAGGUGGGGAAGAGAAAAUUUCUCGUGUGUCGGUGUCUGCGAGUAGUAUAGAUCGAUGUUUAAGGAAAACACGUUUAGCAAUCAGAUUGUGAGGGUGAUAAGUUAAAAUGAGUUUAGUCCUGUCAACAUUGUCGCUCAGACGUGGUCUGAAGGCAUCAGCACGUGUAAUAUUCUUAACCCUUUGGAGGGCUGAUGAAAGUACUGUCUCCGGGUAAGACCUACACCGGAAAAAGUCUAUCAUUUCAAGUGCCUUGUCCCAAAAGUCCUCAUCCGACCGACAAAGUCGACGAAGACGAAGUAAUUGAGAGAAAGGAAUAGAGUCCUUACAGGAUUUAGGGUGGGAUGAAGAGUAGAGUAGAUAGCUAUGGCUGUCAGUGGGCUUAAAGUAGGCAGAGGUGUGUAGGGUGUCUUUGUGAAGAGUGACUGUAAUGUCUAAGAAAUUGACUGAGGUCUCAGAGAUAAGAGAUGUGAAUUUAAUGGAGGGGUGAAAGGAGCCUACAAAGUUAAUGAACAGGUCAAGUUCACUCCUCUCCAUAGUGGUGACCCCUAUACCAUCAUCUAUGUACCUCUUAUAGAAUUCAGGGAGGCGUCCAGUAUAGCUGCUUUCGACCAAGUGUUCGAAAUGCCCCAUGAACAAGCAAGCAUAGCUGGGUCCCAUUUUAGUCCCCAUAGCAACACCACUGAUUUGGUCAAAGAAUUGGCCACCAAACUCAAACGAAUUGAGGGUGAGGACUAGUUCAGCCAAUCUGAGGAGGGUGUUGGUGGGUAUAGAUGGGUGGGGUCUAGUCUCGAGAAAGAAUUUGAGAGCUAAGAGACCGUCAGUGUGGGGGAUGGAAGUGUAUAGAGAACAUACAUCAAGAAGAAAUAGAUGAUGUUUCUUUUCAGGAGGGAUUAUGAUGGAUUCAAAGGUUUGAAGAGCAUGGUUGGUGUCCUUAAUGUAAGUAGGCAGUGAGGCAACGAUGGGUUGAAAAACUCCAUCAAGGAAUUCCGAGAUAUGUUCGGUGGGGCAAGAGCAUGCUGAGACAAUGGGUCUGCCAGGGUUACCAUACUUAUGAAUUUUGGGAAGUAGGUAGAAGCAUGGCUUACCGAGGUCACUAUCGAAGAUGUGUAGGGCAGAGACCGAUUUGGGGAGCGCUGAUUCUGCAAUCAUUUUCUUGAUAGUCCCUUUCACCAUGUCGUUAUGUUUGGUGAUAGGGUUGUUGGUCCUCGGUUGGUAGAACUGGCUGUCUUCUAGUUGCCUAUGAGCCUCCUUGAUGUACAGAUCUCUGUCCCACACCACAACAGCUCCCCCCUUAUCAGCUGGUUUGAUGACGAUAUCUUUCCGACUGCGCAGCUUAGAGAGUGCGAGUGAUUCUCUUUUAGAAAGAUUGGAUUUCCGGAGUGGAGGUAAAGAGAGGUUCUUGAUGUCAUGUUCCGUGCUCUUUAUAUAUAAGUCCAAAGAUAAAAAGAUGAUAUUUUACUUUUAAAAUACUUUUUAUAAACAAUAUACGUAAGUUUACAUGCGCUAAGAAAUAAUAUACCCACCUGAAUACACUUUUACCAAAAUUUGUUGCUGCACCACAACUGAGUGUUUGUAUAUAGUAUAAUAUUAUUAUAUUAUAUUCAUUUACAGAUUUGGUUUAUAUUGGCACAAGCUGCCCAUCCGUCUUGUAAUGUCAUCGCAUGUCGCUCUGGCACUUCGAUUAGAAAACAACGCUCACUCUCUGCGCUUCCUUAAACUCCAUGACCCUCUCUCCACUGUCUUCAGUACUGUCUCAAACCAAAUAGCUGGUGGUCUGGGGUUCAAUCCGAUCCCCACCAAAGCCAACAUCCCAAGCACCCCGGGUGAAUGUGACUCGUUAGCCCUGGACAGCAACCCAUCUAAGAGAAGGCAAACUCUGAAUUUAAACCAGGAGCCAGAAUGAUCAACAAAUUGAUCGUGGGCCACUCAAGUAUAAGAAGAAGAAGAUAUGAAUAUGUAUAGUAUUAUAAUGUCAUAAAAAACAUUUCCAUCGUUUGGAAGACUAAUUGUUAAAAUAGCACUUCGAACAAUCGGAUACAAUGCAAACAGUAGUUACUCAAGUGAGUUACUAUUUGCACCAUGACCCCUAGAUGUCCCAUUGGAUUAACAGUGGAAAUAAAAUAAUGAAAAUUUUGUACUAUUUCGCAAGCGCCCUGCAAAAAAGACGCAGCAACCCAUUUAGGGUAGUGGACUAGUAAUAAUACGAUUUUUAGCAGCCCUUGUCUUUGUGAAGUCUAUUUGAUUUUAUUGUUUAAUUCACUAUUAAGGUCCUAUCUAAAGAUGAUUUUGGCGCUCCCUGAUUUUGGCGCUUGUUGCUUUUCGCCCCAUUCUCAUGGCCUGCCGGAGAGAAACGUUGCACCCAGGGCAAUGUGGAGCAUAUUCUGGGAACCACUUGUCUCACCAUACAGUCUGAAAACGUGACAUAUUUUAUUUACUGAUAUGUCAUAUGUAUAAAUAUCAUUUGAUUUUAUUGGAGAUGGAGUUCGAAGGGAGGUGCUGUCGAAAGCUCAUUGCACGUAGCACGUAGCACUUUAGCUUGGGUGACUUCGGCGGGCAUCCUCAAUUUCGGCUUCCCCACCAUAUCUUAUUGGAUUGGAUUUUAUUUAUAUAGCACUGGUAUCCAUGCUACUUUAGCAUGCUCACUGCGCUCUGGUUUUCUUAAAUCUAUUGAAACAAAAAUGUUUGUAAAUGUUUCUUAAAUGAUUUUUAUCAUUUUCAUUUCCCCUUAAAGAUUGAGGCAAACUGUUCCAUAAUUUUGACGCUAUCGCUUCAAAAGAGCGCACUCCGUAAGACUUUUUUCUGUGUUCAUCCACACUGGGAAUUUUUAGUAAGGACUGUGUUGAAGACCGCAGGUUCUUUAAGGAUAUGUGUAUAUGAAUCAGUUGCUUAAGAUAUUCUGAUGCAGAGCCUUCUAUGCAGCUGUACGCCAGGGACAGAAUUUUGUAGUUAAUGCGCUCACUCACAGGAACCCAAUGGAGAUCUCGUAGAACUGGUGUGAUGUGAUCAGAUUUCUUUAUCCACGAUACAAUGCGUGCUGCAGUAUUUUGUACCUCCUGGAGUCUCAGAAUUUGGUUCUGAGGUGAACCCCAUAAACAACUGUUACAGUAAACUUAUCUUGACUGGAUUAUGACAGAAGCAUAUGACAGAAGCAUGCCCUGACCAUAGAAAUGAUAUGGGGAAUCAUUCUUAGUUUACUGUCAAUAUAUAAGCCAAAGUCUCUGACAGUGGAGGACAAUGAGAUCUCUGAUUCACCAACUUUUAUUGAUGAGAUCGCAACUUUCCGAAGAUUGGCGUCUGAACCACAAAUAAUUGCCUCAGUCUUAUCGUCAUUUAAUUUUAGUCUGUUUGAUGACAUCCAUUCUUUCACAGCAAGAUAGCAGUCCUCGACAGCCUGAACAGCAGCAGCACACUCCAAGGUUUCAGGACGGAAACACUUGUAUAGUUCUGUGUCAUCUGCAAAUAUUUUGCGGGAAAUACCAUGACUUUCAAUAAUUUUGCAGAGCUGGCUAGUGUACAUGGAGAACAGAAUAGGUCAUAAAACUGAGCCCUGUGGCACGCCGCAGGUAAUGGAAGUGUUCAUGGAAGAUGCCUGCUUCACUACAAUACGCUGAGUCCUGUCAGUCAGAUAAGAAGAAAACCAGCGAAGUGCAGUUCCAGAUAUGCCUGCCUCAUUCAGAAGUCUUGACAGAAGAAGCUCAUGGUUAAAACAACGAAAGGAGCAAUGAGAUCCAACAGGACCAAUAUUGUUAGAUCGCCAUGGUCAGCACUACAAAGAACAUCAUUCAUAACAUGGAGCAGUGCUGUCUCACAGCUGUGCCCAGGUUGAUAUGCCUAUCAAAGUUGCAAAUGAUGGGCAUAUUUUAAUUUGUGAUAAUGCUCUGUAUAUAAAUAUAUAAACCGCAGUCAUAUACUUUAAGAAGUGACCUUUAAUAGACAUGCAAUACGAAUAGUUAUUGUAUACAUUAUACUUAAUACUGUAUGCUUAUUUACUAUUACAAUAUAGUAUUCUAUGGUUUUGAGAUGGUAAAGUACUAUUCUGAGAGUCUAGUGUAACCAGGUCAGCCUUUAUGAUAUACUCUGAAAAAUCUGCAUAAGUCACUGGAAAUUUUCAAUCAUUUUGCCUUGCUAUGUUUGUUUGCUAAAGAGCCUUCAUUGACAAACCAUAUCCAUAUUUUGAAAGUUAAAGUUUUUCCUGACACCAAUUCAUACAAUUUUCAUAAUGUUACAAAUGAAACAACAUGAUUAGUGUCAGGUGUACAAAAUUAAAUAAAGAAGGCCUUUUAAUCAUAAAUAAAUUAUUUAUUGAAAGUUAGCAAAAAAUGUAAUAAUUUUAUUAAGACCCAUUAUAAGGCCUAAAUAUAUUUUAAAUCAUAAAAUUGCUUUCAUUGUAUUUAUGUUGAAUAUUAACCCUAGCUUACUUGUAAAUGAAAUAUUACACUUUACUACUACGUCUGGAUAUCAAAUGAUUAAAAGUUGGCCAUUUUUUUUCAAUAUUACCAUUCAAAGACAUCAACAUAAUGAUAUGUUAAUGUUAUUAAGGCACAGUGCAUCAUGAUACUGCUAGCAUAGAUGAUGUUGAUGCUUCGACGUAGUAAAGUUAUUUGCUUGGUUAGAAGAACCUGUGCCCACCCUCCUAAUCAUAUACUAGAACCAUUAAGAAGUUCACUUCAUACAAGCUUAUUUAUGAUUUUUAUUUAAAAUAAAUGCAAUAAACUGAAAAAUAAUGGAGUAUGAUAUGUCUUUGAGUAGGCCCCAUUUGGUGAUUAUAAAAUUAGUAUUUACUUAUUUCUUUAGUAAUGAGCUAAAAAGAAGUACCGGUACUUAUUACAUUAAUUUUCCUUUUUUUAAAUUCUAUAGAGGUCUUUGCACUAAGCCACCAGCCCAUGAAGCACUUCCCACGACUGGCAUUAAAUUUAAAACUGAUGUUCAUAAUUUGGCAGGACCCCGUGAGAGAAUAGAAAGCUUUAGCUGGCUGUCACAGCAUGGGCCUCAAUUUCAAAUCCGUGGCGAUCAAGUUCAGGUUAUCACAGAACCUGCACAGUUUUAUGAAAUCUUGAAGGCAAGCAAAAAUUUUGGAACAGACCUUUUUUUAAAUAUAAAUUGUUCUUUUUACACUGCAAGUAAUUAACAUUUUUAAUUGAAUUGAAUUCUAACAAAAUAUUGUCAUGUUUUCCAUAUUUAUUUUAGCUUCAGAUUAUGAUGGUAUAAAUAUCAUUAUUUUUUUUAUCAGGUUUUUACACUAUUUCUUUAUAAUUUAUUUUGUGUAAUUGUUAAUAUUUUUUAUUAAGUUGAAGACAAGAAGAGCAAAAAGAAGAAUCACCUUUGCCUCUUUGUAUUUAGGUAAUGGAUCUUUGGAAAAAGAUUUGGUGAGCAACCAGUUUUAUUUAGAUAACCUAUUUAACCUAUCAUAUCGUUUACUCAGAAUCAAAAUCAGUUUUGUACUUUGGAGCUUUAUGAAUAAUGUUAUUAGAAAUUUUGACUCACUCAAGGCAAUUUAAAUCACACAAAAAAUACAUUUUUAUAUUUUAUUAAUAAUUAUUAAAUUAUUAUUCCUGCAGGUUUCCAGUAUCAGGGAGGCAUGUCUGGCAGCUGUUUUAUCUGGGAAUUCCAACUUUGAAGUUAACAUUCUCCUUGACUACACACGUGGGUCCAGGGGAAAAGUUAACUCUCGGUCCAUGCUGCGGCCUUUGAUGGCAGAAUUCAGCAGCGUUAAAGUUUCACUUUUUCACACUCCAGAUUUACGGGGCUUCCUUAAAAAAAUUAUGCCAGAUCGGUUCAAUGAGACAAUUGGACUAACACAUGUCAAAGUUUAUUUAUUUGAUGACAGUUUUGUCAUCAGUGGGUAAGCAUUGUUAAAUAGUGUGGUGUUGAGAUAAGGUAGGGUACAUGAAAAGCUUACCAUAACUUGUGUUCAACACACCAAAAAUGCUUUUAGAUCAAAUGGUAUUUUUUUAUUUUGAAAUCAAAACCAUUCAUAAAAAAAAUAAUUGCAAUAAUUCAGCGACUUAAAUUCCCUCACCUCAAAUAAAUUGUUUACAUAUUAAAAAAAUCGUUUCAUUAUUUAUUAACAAUGAUAUUUAUAAAUUAGGGCAAACCUAAGCCAUGACUACUUCACCAAUAGACAAGAUCGAUACAUCCUUUUUAAUGACUGUCCUGAGAUUGCAGAAUUUUUCAAUGAACUUGUGAAAGGAAUCAUGUCAUUCUCAUUUAGCCUUUCUCCUGACAACUCUCUUUAUCUUUCGCCUAACUGGAAUAUUCAUCCAUAUAAAGGUACAGUUUACUUUUAGAAAUAUUAUAAUAUCAAUAUUGAUAAUUAUUUUCUAUAUGUUAAAGAACUCUGCCCACUAUUCAUUUCAGGGGAUGAAAGAUGCUAAGAAUUGUAAGAAUAUUGGGUCUAAAUAGCUUUGAAAUAAAUUUGAUGUUUUCUAAAAAAAAAAAUAUUGUAAUGUACUAGGUGUACGUGCAGCGCAACUUGAGUUAACCUUCUUUAAUAUUAUAUUUUGCUGUUAUAUGUGGAUAUUGAAAAAUUCAGCUGAUCAGCAUCAGGAAAUUUUAAAAUGUUUAACAUUCUGCUCUACCAACUCAUUCAAGUUUAGUUUUUUCUUUUCGUCAAAAUUGUCUAAAAUAAAAUAGAAAUAAAUUAGAUUUCUAAAUUACCUUGUGAAUUAUAGUGAAUGGGAAUCUUUUUGUAGUGGGGAAUAAGUGUACAGUUAUACUUUUUAAAACUUAUGGCUUAUAUUCCAAAGUUUUGGCAUGCUGCUUACAUAAAAAAUUGAUAUUUUUAGGGCAGAAUUAGAUUUAAAAAGAAUGUACCGUUUCUGUAGACUUUAAUAUAGAUAUACCGGUAGCAAAGUUUAUUGUACCCACAUACAACAUGUUUUUGUUAAUGAAGAAAAUAAACCCCCUUAUCAGUAUGGGUCAUUUUACUUAUAUUCACUUAUAGGCUAUUUUUAUUUUUAAAUAGGUUUCAACCUUAAAUUAACAUAUAUCUUACAUAAUUCAAGCCUUAUAUCACUAUUACAUUAAAUUUGUAAGUCUAUAUGCCCAGGAAAUUCCAUACUCAUAUCUCUUCUGUGACAGGACUAUUUGGACAUCAUUGACUGAUAUAACUUAAUGCUAUUAUUUACUUCAGGUUCUGAUGGUGGUCUUCAGUUUAAACAAGCUGCCAGGAAAAAGAUACAUGCCUGCUUGCAUUUAGGUGAAAAGAAUGGAAAUGAGAAUACAAAUUCCAGACGUAAAGUUGAUAGGCCAGAUGAUAAAUUCAGUCACGGAAAGGGGAGCACAGACACUGUUGUAUAUCCAUUGGUUCAGAUGGGGUCUUUUAAUGUAACCCAUGAUGAACAAGCAAUGUUGGGCUUACUGAGGUCUUCAAAACCCCAGGAUCAUAUUCUUUUGGCAUCUGGAUACUUUAAUCUGACUGAACACUACAUGUCAGUGAUAUUGGACCAGUCUUUAGGAAAGUUCAGCAUUCUUAUGGCAUCACCACAGGUAAAAAGAGUUUCACAUCUGGAAUUUUGACAUAGAGUCACAUUUAUUUAAGUUAAUCCUUUAUGUCACACUGUUGUCCACACAAAUUUUGCCAAUGAGUACUAGCAGCAUGAGCUUACUACAAAAUUCUUUCAAUUAUUUUUAUAUUUGUUUAUAAAAGGAAGCAUAUUAAAAAAAAUUGAUUUGAUUACUGAUUAGAAAUUUAUUGUUUAAACGCCAUUUCACAUUUUAAUUAGAAAAGGCACAAAAUAUUAAAUGUAUUAAUUAAAAAAUUAUAUAAUUUCAGUACUUUGAGAAACAUUUAACAAACAAUUUAAAAUUAUUUUUACUAAAUUUUCACAAAUCGGAGCACAUAACUGUGACUGGUACCCUACUUUUAUUAUUAAUUUUUGUGUCAAUAUUUUGCAUGUUUGACCAAAUAGAACCUUUAGCUGUAAUAAUAGUUACUGGCAAUCGGUCAUUUGCUGCAAGGUUAAGAACAGUCUAAAAAAAAAACAAAGGUCAAGUGUAAGAAUAACAUCUCCUAAUCUUAGAGACAUAUAAAGGAUUUUUUAAUUUAGCUUUUUUUAAAACUUUUGAUCCCAUUAUUAAGGCAAAUGGCUUCCUGGGAGCUAAGGGCAUAGCUGGUGCAAUCCCAUAUUCAUACAUCUACUUGGCCCAUCAGUUUUACAAACAAGUUUGCAAGAGAAAACAGACCAAACGUAUCCACAUGAUGGAAUAUGUAAGGGAUGGCUGGACAUUUCAUGGGAAAGGACUGUGGUAUUAUCUUCCAAGCCAACCCCUCCCCACAUUUACACUGGUUGGUUCACCAAACUUUGGUAAGUUUAUAUGUGACAAAUUGUGUUCAUUUUAUGUGCAUAAAAAGACAUUUCUUUAUUUAAAUUAUCUUUAAAUGUUGCAAGGUUUAUAAAACAAAUAUUUAUGAUGCUUCUUCAUCAUCUUUUUUUCUUUUAAGUUCCUUGGGAAAACAUACACAAUUUUAAGAGAAGGAAAUAAAUCAUGUUAUUUUAUUUCGUACAGGUUACAGAUCAGUAUACAGGGAUUUAGAAUGCCAGAUUGCAAUAGUGACAGAAAACAAGCAUUUGCAAGAACAGCUUAGAGAGGUAUAGUUAUUUAAUUAUGAAUGACCAAAGUAGAAAUUGUGGCAUUGUGCAUUUUAAUUUUUUUAAUAAAGUUUUCAUGUAAUCGAACCAACUUCGAUAUAAAAAUACAGCAUUCAACUUUCCCUGAAAAUACUAAUUUUGUCAUAAAACUUCUGCAAAAUAUUUAAGGAAAAGGAUGCUUUACGAUCUAGGUCUGUCCACGCAGUAUGAUUAAGAAUGUAAAGACAUAACAUUUAAUAAUCCACUAUUUGAACCGGUUAGAUUUUCAAACUACUUAUGCUUUGACAAACAUAUAAACUAAACCGAAGUUAAUGUUUUUAUCUAUUCAGCCAUCAUUAUUUGUCUUUUUUUAAGGAGCAUGUGCGAAUGUUUUCAUCAUCUCAACUUGUAACAGAAUCAACUUUUCAGCGGAGAGAUCGAUAUGUGCCUCUGUGGAUAAGAUAUGUUACCAAACUUAUUAAAAACUUUUUUUAAUAUAAUGUGCAUUCUUCUGCUUACAUCUUUUAUUUGUUUACUACAAAAUUCUUGUUAUUUGUCUGAUUUGAAUUCUUAGUUCAAAGUGAGAUUUAAUUUAAUGUAAGAAUUAAUAUGAAAUGUGUUUGCCUGAGAAAAACAUGAGAUGAUUGAAAUGUUAAACAAGUAUAUAUAAAGAACAAAAUAAAAUUGUUUUCAACAAAACCAAAUCUCAUUAUCUUUGUGGAUAUACAUAGUAACUGAGCAUUUAUUUACAAUAACUUUACAUCUACAAGUCCUGAAUUAGAAUUGAGAUUUACAAGAAAAUCUUCAAAUAAAAAAAAAAGAAAUCCUCAAUAAAAUAAAUAUUUUUAAAAAAAAUAUCAGGUAGAGGAAUAUUCUUAACUUGUAAUAUUUUGCCAUUAAUUAAGCACAAUAAUA